AUGCCUCCCUGGCUCGAUAACUACAAAGCCCAGCAGAAGAAGGACAAAAAGCCGAUCGACAUCGAGAAGAUCCCUGACACGAACAUCGAAGGCGUCUGGUUUGGCGACAAGAACGCAGCCACGACUAUCAUGAUAUUUUUCCACGGUGGAGGAUUUGCUAUGCCGGGCAUGGAUAUGCACGCACAGCUUCUUGCUCGCAUGGCGGACUGGGGAAAGGGAAACCUUGCUAUCUUUGCGCCGGCUUAUACCCUGACGCCAUACGCAGUGUAUCCGCAGGCGCUGGGUGAGUGUGUCGAGGCGACGAGAUUCAUCUUGGAAGGCGUGGGAAAGAGCAAGGGCAUUCUCCUUGCGGGUGACAGUGCCGGCGGGCAGCUGGUCAUUGCGCUGCUCAGCCACGUUUCUGGUCACCAGCAUCCUCAGGGCCAGGUUGUGAAGCCAUUGGAGCUGCAGGGAAGACGAUUCAAGGGCGCCGCGGCACUGUCACCGUGGGUGAGCAGCGAUACAAAGAAGUUCCCGAGUAUUCAUGAACUGAGCAAGACAGACAUGAUUGGGCCCAACUGUGCAACUUAUUGGGAUGACAUCUACCGGGCUGGGAAGAGUGCUGAUCACUAUAUUGUGCCUGAGGCGGCGCCAACGGAGUGGUGGGCGGGUCUCGGCGAGUCUGUUGAUGAUCUUUUGAUUCUGGCUGGCGGGGAUGAGGCCAUUCUGGAACCAAUUGAGAGCUGGUCGAAGAAGGUACAGGAAGGAUGGCCGAAUGGAAAGGUCAGAUUGGUGGUGGGUGCUGGCGAGAGUCACGAUGAGCCGCUGACCCCGAUAGGGGCGGAGAAGCUCAAUGCCCAAGUGCCCGGGAAGGAGACGGCGAUGGAAGGAGCUCUGUAUCACUGGGUGAAGGAUCUCACGGCGUGA